AUGUACCAACCCCAAUACGGCUACAACCCCAAUCCCGCCGCUGGUGCGGGAGCUGGUAAUUCAGCCUUCAACGGCGCCCCACCUCCACAGAACCCUCAGAACUCUCAGGUCCCCCAGGUCCCUCAAGUUCCUCAGCAGGCGUCUCACUUGCAGCCGAGUCCCAGCCGUGGGCCGUCCCCGAGCCAGCAGCAGCAACGGCAGCAGCAGCAACGGCAGCAGCAGCAACAGCAUCAUCAGCAGAUGAUCAACAGCAACAGCCAACCAGCAACAGCAACAGCAACAGAGCAGUUCCACAUGGGCUCCCAAGCCGGCGGCAGUCACUUCCCAGCUGCUGCUGCUCCAAGCCCAGGAAUGAUGGGAACAGGUGCUGGUCCUGCAGGAAUGAUGCAGAAUGCCGCCAUGCCGCACACCACGGCUGCCACCAAUGGUCAGAUGUCAUUCCAGGCGCCUUACACAAGCGCGCCCUAUGUGGCAGCCGUGCCAUCACCCGCGGCACCUCAGCCGCAACUGCCAGCUAACUAUAUGAUGUCUGCUUCUAUGCCCCAUUAUCCAAUGAAUGCUGCCAUGUCCCAGCAGCAGCCAAUGAUGCAGCGUAUACACCCUUCCCAGCAGAAUGCUGCCAACAUGUCCGCAUCAACACCUCAGCGCUCCUUCAACCCUGCCUCUCAGGGCACCCCAAACAAUGCGAUGCCGUCCCAGCAACCAGGUACUUAUUCUACUGCCCAGGGUCAAGGAGGCUCUGCGAAUCAGACACCAACCACCACCCAGCCUCAAAGUGGCUCGGCCGUAGUCACACCCCAAACACCUACGUUCCCUUCCACUGGAGGACAAGGUCAGGCUAACGGGACGCCGAUGCACUCGGCCCCCCAAAGUCCAACUACAAGGUCGCGAGAACAGGAAAGGUUCGCCGUACUAUUGGAAAUCAACCAUGAGCUCCUGUACGAACUAGCGUGUCUCCACAUUAGUCGGCAAGAGAUAAAGAGAGAAAAGGAGGCGGCUGGUGAGUCGGGUGAACAACAGCAAAAUGGUGGUAUGAGCCUUCACGAAGAAGAGAAAUUGACGGAGCAGGAUUAUCAACAAUGCAUGGUCAGAGUCAGAACCAACAUGGGUUUCAUGGCCCCGCUAUCGCAGCCGGGCAAACAACCCAAUAUGCACCCGUAUCCAGCAUAUCUGACACCCCCACCCCUACACCUGAACCUCAGGGUAAGAGUAGCACAGAACACGUCCGCUGAGGACAGCGCGAGCGACGCGCCACCUGACCCUAACACUGAUCGCGCGGAAAGGCAUAAGAUCAUGACGGAUCUUUACAAGAAGCUCCAGUCACUUUACCCAGCCCUUGAUUAUAAAAAUGAGCCUAUCUGGAGGUCGGCCCCGAACGCUUCAGCAGGAUCAUCGGGUCUUCCUGGAUCUGGACCAAUGCCAGGAGGUACUCCUGAUCAGAUGUCACAGCAAGCAGGACAGCAGCAGCAAAGCCAGCAAAGCCAGCAACAGCAAGGGCAGCAGCAAAAUCCACAGCAGCAACAUGGUCAACAGCAACAACAGCCCGGGCAGCAACUAAGUCAUCAACAGAUGAUGAUGCUGAAGCAGCAACAAUACCGCGAACAAAUGCAUCAAAAGCAGCUACAAAUUCAGCAGCAAAUCCAGCAGCAGCAGAAUGGCCAGCUCGGUGGUGGUGGUGUAAGGUCAAACCACGGAAGUCCGGCUCCAAGCGGACAGAUGCUACAACAGGGCAUGAAGACGCCGCAGAUGACGCCGCAGAUGUCCAACGCAGUCCCUCCUGGCAUGGUGACACAGCAUCAGCAGCAACAGCAGCAGCCUCAAAGUCAGCAGCAGCCUCAACAGCAGCAAAACCAACGAUAUGCGCAGUCGCAGUCCAAUGCAUCGGGACCUCCAUGA